AUGUUCAUUGUAAGUCUCAUCCUGAACAAGAAACCCAAUUUGCAAAUACAAUCUGACUGAUACAAUACAGUGUAUUCGAUCCUAUUGGCCGUUUUCUCUAUCAAAGACCAAUUAUAUAUUCUAAUAGGAUAUUUAAUAGGUAAUGUUCAAUGCAGGAGUGUUUUAUCAGGUUGUUCAAUCAAUCAUAAAUCAAUGCACUGCGAGUGUAUUGAGAAGAAUACCAAUUAGAAUAAAGAUACUUGUAGAUGGAUAAUCGAACGGAAAUUUAUCAACAUUUUUUUAAACCUAACCAAAAGCAGUUUCGAUAUAUGCAACUAUAUAGGCCCUCCGGCGGGAAUUGAACCUGCGGCUCUGCAAUUCCAUUGGGAUCGGAACUUCGAAACCUGUCUAUAUAUAAAUUACCGUAUAUAUAUACAUAUAUGUAUAUAUAUAUAUAUAUAUAUAUAUAUAUAUAUAUAUAUAUAUAUAUAUAUAUAUAUAUAUAUAUAUAUAUAUAUAUAUAUAUAUAUAUAUAUAUAUAAACUAAUUCAUUGUCAGUGAGGAUAAAACUAAACUUUCAAAACGUCAAAUUUUCCUUGUAUUUUUCAGGAAUAUUAUACAACAGAACAGCUGCCUAUAAUAUUCAUAUUAUAGAAUAUAUGUUUUGUGAUUGGCGGCCGAAUAUUGCAUGCCUUUCACAUCAGUGAUAUUGAUUUACGCUGCGUUAUUAUACGUUUAUAUGUAGACGUUUUCCUUCUGUUAUUUGUUUUUGUAUAUAAAUUAUAAUUGUAUGUUUAAUUGAGAAAAAAAGCAGACAAAAAUUGUGCAUUGUCCAUGACCAUGCAUGUAUUGCUUGCGUAUUAAUUGUCUCUUGACUUCAUAAUCUUACUUUACUAUACCAUACUCUGUACUCUCAUUACAUUGACAAGAUAUUGUGUGGUACGUACUGACCAGCUUAUAUACUGUCAAGGCUCCUUGGCACGCGGAAAACUUGUAAAUUUUUUGUCGUAUACGCGAGCAAGUAAAACUUGUCAAGGAAAAAGUGGCGAGAAAAGCUUGUUCGUCUGUUCGGUAUAGGCAAGCUGAGAUUUAAGAAAUGGCCAGAGACAAUACUGCAAUGGAAUAAUUAUAUAUCUUUUGAUAGGGUAAGACAUUUGACUCUGUUUAAUAUCUACAGACAUUCAUACACAUUAGUGUCACACAGCUGAUAUUAUGCUGUAUAAUGUUUAACCGAGCAUAACAAAUUGCUUCCCGCAGUACGCAUUUUUAAUAGGCCGUUUGCAGCGUCCCGAUAUCGUUCACUUUCGUAGUGCAUGUGGUGGAACUGAAAUAUUUUUACGGGAACUAGCACUUUCAAACACGCUGAGUUCAAAUCAGAAACGUUCCCACUCCGUAGUUCUUGCGUUUUCUCACAAACUAGUAUUUUAUUUUCUCUAAUUUCACGACUAACUUUUUCUUUGUUCAAUGACACGGAUGGACGAUGACACACUCUUAUGUCACUCUAAAGGACUAAUUUCUAUUAACUAGUCUUCCUUUUAACAAAAGACCGUUUCGCUCGAAUAAUUUUGAAUUAUGUAAUCUUAUGCGUGUUGAACGUAAACAACAUAUAUCGUUUACAACUUUGGGAAGGUACAGAUAACGCUAUCUAACAUACACAGUUCUAGCGAUAUCUCUAUAAAAUCACAAGGACGUUAAUGCUAAGUCGUUUGGCUAUGUCACUGGCCUGAUAAAUAGCUCGUUUAGCGCAAUCAUGGUAUUUAAAACAACAGUAACGCAAUGCCAAAGCAACGGCAAAGACAACGCUAACAUUAAAUAUUGUCGAUGGGUUGCUGGUUGAAGACUUACGACAGGAUCAAUCAUAAAUAACCUUAAACUAGAAGAAUAAAUGUACACAUUACAGACAAAGAACAGUACGAAAGUAUAAAAUCUGCUCUGUAAACUUACGACGAAGUAGAAAAAUGUUUCCAUAAGCUGUGUAUUUGGUGAUUUCAACGUAUAUGGAAGCUUUUUUCCCGAUAAUAUUCGCUUAUCGCGCAGAAUGACACCAACUGAUAUAAUAGUUCAAAUGCAAUGAUAAGUUACCUCUUGAAUUACGUCUCAGAAACUGUGUUGAAAAUUUGAAUGCUGACCCAUUACAUAAGAUUACCGUUUUACAUCGCGGUAUAAACAUUUUGAUCGCAUGCCAAGCAAUUCUUUCUUAGCCCAGCGACAUAGCCCAAAGACUUGACAUUAACGUCCUUGUGAGUUUAUAGAGAUUGAGCCAAAACUGAGAAUUUUAGAAAGCGAUACCGGCACCUUCCCAAAGUUGUAGACAAGAUUUGUUGUUUACGUCCAACGCGCUUAAAUUACAUAACUCAAAAUGAUCCAAGCAAAACGGUCUUUUGUUAAAUGUAGAGACUGGAUCAUAGGAAUUAGUCAUUUUGAGUUUAUCAUCAUCCAUCCGUGUCGUUGAACAAAGAAAAAGUUAGUCGUGAAAUCAGAGAAAAUAAAAUAGCAGUUCGUGAGAAUACGCAAGGUCUACGGAGCGGGAACUUUUCGGAUUUGAACUCAGCGUGUUCGACAGUGUUAGUUCCCGUAAAAAGAUUUCAGUUCCAAGACAUGCACUACGGAAAUCGUAUCCUAGGCACUUUUCAAGGCCACAGCAAACCGUCUAUAAUUAAUAACUUGUUAAUAAUAGAAUUUCAAACCGAGUACCUACUGUGAGUAAUGAAACAAAUAACCGAUUGAAGAAAGUUUUUCGAAUUCAUUUAAUGAGAUAAUGCGCUCUGAUUUCCGGACUUUUGCAUAUUCAAUCCGCAAAAGUUGCAAUUUUUAGGCUGUGCGGGUCGUCAUGAAAGGUUCCUGACGGUGAGGACAAGGUUCCUGACGGAGAGGACAAGGUUCCUGACGGUGAGGACAAGGUUCCUGACGCUGAGAACAAGGUUUCUGAUAGUGAGGACAAGGUUCCUGACGCAGAGGACAAGGUUUCUGACGGUGAGGACAAGGUUCUUGACGCUGAGAACAAGGUUCCUGAUAGUGAGGACAAGGUUCCUGACGGCGAGGACAAGGUUUCUGACGGUGACGCUGAGGACAAGGUUCCAGACGGUGAGGACAAGGUUCCUGACGCCAAGGACAAGGUUCCUGACGCUGAGGACAAGGUUCCUGACGCUGAGGACAAGGCUCCUGACAGUGAGGACAAGGUUGCUGACUGUGAGGAAAAGGCUCCUGAUUGUGAGGACAAGGUUACUGACGCUGACGACAAGGUUCCUGACGCUGAGGACAAGGUUCCUGACGCUGACGCAAGGUUCUUGACAGCGAGGACAAGGUUGCUGACGGUGAGGAGAAGGUUCCUGACGCUGACGCAAGGUUCUUGACCGUGAGGACAAGGUUGCUGACGGUGAGGACAAGGUUCCUGACGCUAAUGAAAAGGUUCCUGACACUGAGGACAAGGUUCCUGACGCCAAGGACAAGGUUCCUGACGCUGAGGGCAAGGUUCCUGACGCUGAGGACAAGGUUCCUGACAGUGAGGACAAGGCUGCUGACUGUGAGGAAAAGGCUCCUGAUUGUGAGGACAAGGUUACUUACGCUGACGACAAGGUUCCUGACGCUGAGGACAAGGUUCAUGACGCUGACGCAAGGUUCUUGACAGUGAGGACAAGGUUGCUGACGGUGAGGAGAAGGUUCCUGACGGUGAGGACAAGGUUGCUGACGGUGAGGACAAGGGUCCUGACGGUGAGAACAAGGUUCCUGACGCUAAUGAAAAGGUUCCUGACGCUGAGGACAAGGUUCGUGACGCUGAGGACAAGGUUCCUGACAGUGAAGACAGGGUUGCUGACUGUGAGGACAAGGUUCCUGAUUGUGAGGACAAGGUUACUUACGUUGACGACAAGGUUCCUGACGCUAAGGACAAGGUUCCUGACGCUGACGACGAGGUUCCUGACAGUGAGGACAAGGUUGCUGAGGGUGAGGAGAAGGUUCCUGACGGUGAGGACAAGGUUCCUCACUGUGAGAACAAGGUUCCUGAAGACGAGGACAAGGUUCCUGACGCUGAGAAGAAGGUUCCUGACGGUGAGGACAAGGUUCCUGACGCUGAGGAGGUUUCUAACGCUCUGGACAAGGUUCCAGGCGCUGAGGACAAGGCUUCUGAAGGUGAUGACAAGGUUCCUGACGCUAAGAACAAGGUUCCUGACGCUGAGGACAAGGUUUCUGGCGCUGAAGACAAGGUUCCUGACUGUGAGGACAAGGUUCCUGACGGUGAGGACAAGGUUUCUGACGCUGAGGACAAGGUUCCUGACGCUGAGGACAAGGUUCCUGACGCUGAGGACAAGAUUCCUGAUGCUGAGGACAAGGUUCCUGACUGUGAGGACAAGGUUCCUGACGGUGAGCACAACGUUCCUGACGGUGAGGACAAGGUUCCUGACGCUGAGGACAAGGUUCCUGACUGUGAGGACAAGGUUCCUGACGCUGAAGACAAUGUUCCUGACGCUGAAGUCAAGGUUCCUGACGCUGAGAACAAGGUUCCUCACGGUGAGGACAAGGUUCCGGACGCUAAGGACAAGGUUCCUGACGCUGAGGACAAGGUUCCUGGCGCUGAGGACAAGGUUCCUGACGGUGAGGACAAGGUUCCUGACGGUGAGGACAAGGUUCCUGAAGGUGAAGACAAGGUUCCUGAUGCUGAGGACAAGGUUUCUGACGCUGAGGACAAGGUUCCUGACGCUGAGGACAAGGUUCCUGACGCUGAGGACAAGGUUCCUGACGCUGAGGACAAGGUUCCUUACGCUGAGGACAAGGUUCCUGACGCUGAGGACAAGGUUCCUGACGCUGACGACAAGAUUCCGGACGUUGAUGACACGGUUCCCGACGCUGAGCACACGGUUCCUGACGCUGAGGACAAGGUUCCUGACGCUGAGGACAAGGUUCCUGAUGCUGAACACAAGGUUCCUGACGCUGAGGACAAGGUUCCUGACGGUGAGGACAAGGUUCCGAACGCAGAGGACAAGGUUCCCGACGCGGAGGACAAGGUUCCUGACGCUGAGGAAAAGGUUUGUGUUGCUGAGGACAAGGUUCCUAACGCUGAGACAAGGUUCCUGACGCUCAGGACAAGGUUCCUGAGGCUGAUGACAAGGUUCCUGACGCUGAGGACAAGGUUCAUAACGCUGCGGACAAGGUUCCUGACGUUGAGGACAUGGUUCCUGAGGCUGAGGACAAGGUUCCUGACGCUGAGGACAAGGUUCCUGACGGUGAGGACAAUGUUCCUGACGCUGAGGACAAGGUUCCUAACGCUGAGGACAAGGUUCCUGACGCUGAGGACAUGGUUCCUGAGGCUGAGGACAAGGUUCCUGACGCUGAGGACAAGGUCCCUGGCGCUGAGGACAAGGUUCCUGACGGUGAGGACAAGGUUCCUCACGCUGAGGACAAGGUUCCUAACGGUGACGACAAGGUUCCUGACGGUGAGGACAAGGUUCCUGACGGUGAGGACAAGGUUUCUAACGCUGAGGACAAGGUUUCUGACGCUGAGGGCAAGGUUCCAGACGGUGAGGACAAGGUUCCUGAGAGUGAGGACAAGGUUCCUGACGGAGAGGACAAGGUUCCUGACGCUGAGGACAAGGUUCCUGACGCUGAGGACAAGGUUCCUGACGCUGAGGACAAGGUUCCUGACAGUGAGGACAAGGUUCCUGACG